AUGAAUGACACCGAAUUGGAGCAUGUCCGCGGGGUUUGGGAGCGAACCAAGCAUGAAAGCCCUAUCUAUCGCCUACUUCUCUCCGAUGUCGAUAUUAUCAGUGCAGCCCGUGGCCAUAUGCAAGCCCGACUUAAGCUCACAGCGGAGCAUGUCAAUUCCCGAGGCACCAUUCAUGGAGCUGUUUCUGCAACCAUCAUCGAUUGGGCGGGGGGAAUGUCGAUAGCCACACAUGGAUAUGAGAGAACAGGCGCAAGCAUUGAUAUCCACGUAUCAUAUCUGUCAACUGCUACCAUCGGAGAUAUCCUGGAUAUCUCUGCCAUUGCUGAUCGAGUGGGCAAGUCAAUGGCCUUUACGACAGUCAAAAUUUCCCGAGUCAUCGAUGAUGAAGUCGGCCCCUUGGUUUCAAAGGGCUCACACACAAAGUUCCUCCCUGUCUCCAAGGAGAAUCGCGAACCUAAGAGCUGA